AGCAUCCAGGUGUCCUCUCCUUCAAGCUCCGUCAUCGGCCUUCGACGAAUCUACAAGCAAAAUAAUAGAAAUGCUACGUCGACUCUGCACCGCCCGACUCGCUCUUUCGUUUCAAUGCAGCGUCAAGUGGCGCCAACUUAGCGGCGCCUGCGCGAACUUUCAAACGGCCCCACUACCGCGCGCCAUAGUGCCGCUCGAGAGGGAGGAAGAGAGAGAGAGAGAGCGAGUGACGCGCGGAGUCCCGCGAGAGCCGUCGUCCGUGUCGUACGUGUUUUGUGCUCGUCAGUGUUUGGGCAUCAGUCACUCGUUCACUGGAAAUUCGGCUUGUUUCUCUCGUCUUCGCGGCCAGCCACGCGCGCCAAAAGCAAAAAGUCGUCGUGGACGUAUCGCUCGACAGUGCCGUUCGUCGCGCCUUCCUCGCGGAACGUUCGUACGUGUCGCGUCCGUCGCCGAGCUCAGUCGAUUCCUCCGAGGACGUUUCUAUGGAUAUCCGACGCGUCUCGGAGCAGUGACACGCGCGCGGUUGGUCGCCUUCAUGGUGCGAGUGACAUUUGUGUGACAUUCGUGUGAGCCGACGCCGAGAUUGGACACUCGAUCGUAUCAGGACGUCGAUGCUGCUAUGGAGCUGCACGGUUGCUGAUUCGACGUCCAUUUUCCGGAGCCGGAGGUGAACGACAAAAAAGUACCAGGAGAGCGAGGAUCGGCCAAGAUGGAGCGGUGGUGGUUCGCGUACACAGUGACGCUGCAGAUCCUAGCUGCCGUUGGUAAUGCCGUCGAGGAUUUCCGCCACAUCUCGUAUGAGGAUUUAGCGGACACCAGUAUGUUUCGACAAGAAGGAGUCACGACUUAUUCUCAGCUGCUUUUCGACGUGGCGCGGCAGCAAGUCGUCGUAGGAGCGCGAGAUAAUUUGUACCGUCUGACGCUGACGUCGCUCACGGACCUGGAGCACGCCUCGUGGCCCGCGUCGGAGGACAAGGUCAACACCUGCCAGGAUAAGGGCCAGAGCGAAAAGGAUUGUCAUAAUUACGUCAAGGUGCUCGUCAGCAACGGCAAGAGUCUCUUCACCUGCGGCACUUACGCCUUCAGCCCGUGGUGCACGUGGCGAGAGAUCGAGAAUAUAACCAGGGUGACCAGCGAGAUGCUCGGCGUGGCUAUGUGUCCGUACUCACCGCACGCGAACGUUACCGCUCUGUUUUCGAGGGGUCCCGCCGGCGGACUCUUCGCUGGUACGUCCACUGACUUCUCCGGAGCGGACACGGCGAUCUACAGGACACUGGUGUCGCCGAAUCUCAGGACUCAGCAGUACGAUUCCAAAUGGCUGAAUGACCCGCAGUUCGUCGGCAGCUUCGAGGCGGAGGAUUACGUGUACUUUCUAUUUCGCGAGACCGCCGUGGAAUACAUCAACUGCGGCAAGAGGAUAUACUCGAGGAUAGCGAGGGUCUGUAAGCAUGACCAAGGUGGACAGAUCGUGAUGAAGGAGGCAUGGACAACGUUCAGGAAGGCUCGAUUGAAUUGCUCGCUACCCGGCGAAUUCCCAUUCUAUUACGACGAGAUCCAAGGCGCAGCCUAUCAUCCGGAAGAGGGGAUCAUCUACGCGACCUUCACGACUCCUAUUAACGGCAUCGCAGGCUCGGCGAUCUGCGCGUUCAACAUGUCGGCCAUCGCCGCCAGUUUCAACGGGCCGUACAAGUAUCAGGAGAAGGUGAGCGACGCCUGGAAAAGGAAGCAAGUCGCUCAUCACAAUCGACAACGCUGCGGCCCGUCGUCCAACACCGCGCCGCACCAGAUCAUGGACAAUCAACAGUACCAGCUGAUGGAUGACGCGGUUCAGAGCACGAUGCCGGAGCCGUUGUACACCGCCACUCUUGAGCGGUUCACCCAUAUCGCCGUCGACGUCACACCGACCAAGCUGCAUCGCGGUGUGACCGUUCUCUAUGUCGCCACCGCGACCGGACUGAUCAAGAAGAUCUCCGUCUUACCGAGGACGCAGGAAACCUGCAUCGUCGAGGUCUGGGGUCCUUUACCCUCACCACCGAUGACCUUGCAGUUUCUCAAGGACACUCAAAGCCUCUAUGUCGGCAUGGAGAUCGGUUUGUUACGCAUACCCGCCGUCCAGUGUUAUCGUCAUCGGAGUCGUCAAGCGUGCUUGAACGCCCAGGAGCCGUAUUGCGGGUGGAACGAGCAUCUAAUGAAAUGCGCGCAGGCACCGAAGCAGAAUUACCUGGCGAAUCAUUGGCACCAAGAGGUCACCAAAUGUCCAGUGCUUACCGAUCCCGUGGACGGAGGUUGGAGCGCAUGGAGCUCUUGGUCGCCUUGUCAACACGGUACGGCGGAACAAUCGUCCGGGCACGGUCACGUCCAUUCGCAUCCACACAAUGAAAACGCGGAGAACAUCGACACGUGCCAGUGCCAGACCAGAGAAUGCAACAAUCCUCCGCCGCAGCACGGCGGGGAGAAUUGCACGGGUGCUCGUGUCAAAGUAACAAAUUGCACCGUUCACGGCGGUUGGACCGCCUGGUCCGCCUGGUCGGCCUGCUCUCAGACCUGCGGUUUCGCGAUGAAGACUCGGCGGCGCACCUGUACGAAUCCGGCGCCCGCGUUCGGCGGCCGCGUUUGCGUCGGCCACGAUCACGACGAUAUCGUGUGCAUCGAUCUGCCACCCUGUCCCGCCCCCGCCAAAGUCGCCCCGCCACCUCAGAAUGGCCAGUGGUCGAACUGGGGUGCCUGGGAUGUGUGUUCGCAACCAUGCAACGGUAUACGUGUCAGAAGGAGGACCUGUGACAACCCGCCACCGAAGAAGGGCGGUCUUGAAUGUCUCGGAUGCGACGUUCAGUUCGAAGAGUGCAACAUUGAUUGUGCCGAGACCAAGCGUUACUCCGGAUGGACUCCUUGGUUGGCGGUGAAUGCCAGUUUGCAAAGCGGCAGCGUAGGUUACGUGGAGAAACGCUUUCGAUUCAGCUGCCGCGCGCAGACGAACGAUCCGUCGAGCGUGCGGGUGCAACUCGCCAAAGAAGAAGAGCGUUACUGCAGGAACGAUGGCUCCUGUCUGCGAGGAAAUGUCAACGCGAACAUGUACGGGGAAUCCGCCAACGAGAACGGCUGGGGAGAAUGGUCCGCUUGGGGUACAUGCGACCGUCCUUGCGGAAGGGGCACUCAGCACAGGGGGAGGCAAUGUAAAUCACCACCUUGCGAGGGCCCGUCGACGCAGAGUCGAAUCUGUAACUCCCAUCCGUGUCGGAUGAAUUCUGUCGCAAGUAACACGGCGGAGGGUCAAUGGUCGUGCUGGACCGAGUGGUCCGAGUGUUCGGCGUCCUGUGGGCUCGGUGCACGCACGAGAACGAGAGAAUGUCUCGGCCCAGAUAGUUGCAUCGGCCCACGACUGGUGAGAGAAGCAUGCGAGAUGCCCAGUUGCGAAUCGUUGCUUGGCUGGGACACGUGGUCGCAUUGGACACCCUGUGACGGUGACCAUCAACAACAUCGGAAGCGGUCGUGUCUUCAACAUGGCCCCGGCAUGUGUCAAGGACCAACUCGUGAAACGCGCGAUUGCCUCCCGGAUUGCACGGACAACGACGUGAAUGCUUUGCCGUCGAGUGUAGAGAACUCCGGCGUCACGGUGGGUGCAGUAGUAGGCAGUAGUGUGAUUGGCUUUGUCAUCGGCUUGGCCCUAACCGCGGUGUUGUGCUUCUGGUAUUUGAAGCGGCGCAAGCCGCGCAUUCCCGGGAGUCCACAUUAUAUCAGCAAACAGAACCCUUACGUCACCGUGCCGCUGAAAGAGGUGAAUGCGAAGCGACAGCCUAGCUUCUCGGGCAGCACCAACGGAAACGGGACCCUACGCGGCAAGAGUAAUCCCAACGUCAACGGUCUCGGUAGUCCCAAGUUGUACCCGAAGAGUCUCGACUACGAGUCCGCCACAUUGAAGCGCAAUAGUCACGGCCAGCAACACAUUCGUGCCGAUCUCGAUCAGGACAAAUAUUACUGAACGGAUAACCGGCAUCAUAUUAUUUUUGCCCGAAUGGUGAUUCGCGUUCUGGUCCGCCAGGCCAUGUGAUCUACAUGUACAGUGUGUCGAUGUUGACUCGAGACGUCAACUCGCGCGUUUGGCAGCUGUCUAUUCGGUAAAUCGACGCACGAUCGAGAUUGAAGCGUAAAAUUUCGGUAUGAAUGAGAUGAGUCGACAAGAAGAAAGAUUGCGAGUAUCUACUUAAUUAAAGUAAAAACGGCAUCGAACGAGCGUCCGUGCAAGACUACGUUUUUAGUAUUAGGUAAGCGAUAUAUGCGCGUUCUUCGCCACAUGUGAGUAUUAACGAUAACAUUGCGACCGGCGACGCAUCUGCGACGCGACGUACACUCUUCAGAGAUCGCGGAUGCAGCGAUGGUCUCUUUCUCUCGUUCAUCGCGUGUUUUUUGACGUGCGGAAGUACUCGUAAGUCGAGCGGCACUUCGCCGCUCGGCGUAUGACGCGCCGAGCGGCGCGACGACUCGGCGUGCCGAGAGGAGAACCGUUGUUCCGAGGAAGUUUAUAAGAGUUUAUUUUUGUUUCUGUACAUAUAUUCAUAAGAGAAGGAGAGUUAAGGCAUGCCGCGUAUGGAAUCGAGAAUCAGUCCCGCUCACGCCCAGGAAUUCGAUUUUUGCACAUUUGUAUAAAGUUUCAUGAUUCGUCAUCUAAAGGAGUUGUUUACAUCAAGUGUCAUUUUUCAUUCUUAUGUUUUUAAUGGUUGUUUGCAUGUAGAAUAGCGAGAGAGGGAGACAAAGGGAACAAUCGCGUGACUCGGGUUGCAAUCACGACACGAAGGGAUCGAUCGAUUGAUAGUCGUUGUACAAAUAUAAAACGUUAUAUAGAUACACUCGUUUGCACAACAGUUUAUACACGUUUAUUCCGCUGAAAUUAAGAGAUUAUUAUAUGGUCCCGACUGCGGGGCAAUGUUCACGCGCUUGCACUGUUAUUAUGACAGAAGUUGAAUAAUAGCACGCGAUAUAUAAAUAGUCGCUCUUCAUUAUAUUCUUAUUAUAUUCUUAUCUGAUAGAUAACAAAGUGUAAUAAAAAUAUUUAUGUUCUUUCUAAAUCCUUUGCAGUUAUGAUGUCGGAUAGUAUCACUUUGGCUCUUAUCAAAACUGACGGCCGUUCGUAUGUAGUGUCUCACAAUCGCGAGCAAUUGAUACGCUCCUGACUUCAUCGGAAGAAAACAUGUAUAAAUCGUCUCGCAAACGAGUUUACGCGCCUGAAAAAGAGAAAGAAAGUUUGUUUCUUUCGUUUUUAUUCAUACAUGAAUAUCGAAUUUUUUAUUCGAGUAACGUAGUGCCAUGAUACGGAGUUGUACAUAAAAGCGCGUCUUCUUAAACGUACUUCUACGACGGAAAGGCGUAUAUUAUAUAAAUAGAUGCGUAAGACUAAAUACAUAUAAUGCGCGAUGAUUGCGUUUUAUAUUGGCUCACAUUGAGUCGCGCCCGCGCAUCACGUUUAAUGCACGCGACCGUCAAAACAAUCGCCUACUUGCCGUGCCCGUGUAUAUCGGCGUAUUUUGAUUUGCUCAUUGGUGAAUUCAUUUGAAACUCGUUGUGAUGUCUUCCAAGGCGAUCAAUUAGAGGAGUUUGAUCUGUUAGGAUAUAUCUCAUACAAUUUAUGUUAUUCGCGUAUAAGCCUAUGUAAUUGGUUUGUGCGAAAAGAAAUGUGAAACAACAAUCUAAAAAGUAACGACGCUGUCGUGCAACGGAGAUUUUGUUAUUAAGGUCGCGUGUACGCGAAUUAUUAAUUAUUGUACCCGACGCAUUUACCUAACGCACUCGUUUGCAAUAAAGGCAAUAUCUUUUUUUAACGA